UUUUUUUUCCAGACACCCCUAUUUUCGUGUUUUGAAAUAUGGAAAAUGCGUGUUAUCCAUAAGUUGAAAUUGAGUCCUCGGACAAGUCAUUGAUCGAAAAGACUUAAUGUUGAAGACUUGACGUGAGUACAAAAUCAUGUAGCUAAAGAAUCUAGAAAAAGUAGCAUUCACACUGCGACAUGGACAUCCUUGUUGACUUUCUGUCUGAAUUUGGCAUUCCUUACAUAACUCUACGAGUACCUCUUCUACAACUUAGUAAUUUCUGUGGUUUAUGAGCAAUCUAUAUCGGCAAGAAAUAUCCUCCAGCUACAUCAACAUGUCAUCCAAUCUUCAUCGCCGGCUACUACAAUGCGGGAUUCUUCUUGUGCAGAGGAACAACAACUUAUUUGCAGUAGUCGCCCACGUCCAUCCAGAGUCCUUACUCUGCGCGAACUGUGUCGAUUUGCGUGCAACAGGUGACGUGGACCGAUUUGGGAGGACGAACGUUGCCUCAGAACCCGAAUUCUUCGAUCCUCAAACGUGUCUCGCGAGAUACUGUAGGCCAGCAGAACGGUAUGAUGGACGAGCCUCUCCUGGCGGCAUCGCCGCUUACAUUCCUUGGCCAAGUGGAUUACUACAGCCUCUGGAGAGUGCAGUGUCUGCUGUGUGGAGGCAGGUAACAGGAGCACCAGUUACAAGAGGCGGAGGGAAGACGUCCUCGAGGUCCUCACAUCGAGAACAACAACAGCCUGUUCAACCACCAUCAGACGAAGAUCACGUCGACCUGCGGGUGACGAAGGGCUAUGGUUCGAAACCCUACGAGACUGUGAGGAUAUCUGUGAUCACGAAGAAUCAUGCGAAGAGGAACAAUUAUGCAGAACAAGAUGCUCUUGCCAAGGUCAACAAGGAUGAUCCAUCUACAACAACUACAGGAGCAACAGCUUCAUCAUCGUCAUUCUUCGACUACAGCGCACCUUUCAAGUGGGUGUGGACGCAGUUUUCACUUCAUACCACUCUCAAGAAUGUCGAAGCAGGAAAACCAACGGACUUCAACUUUCAUGUUGUCGAUGCCAAACAACACAAGAUCUCCAUCACUCUACCAAAACAAGGCCAACCUGUCUCUGGCGUUUUGAUGGGUGACCCAUGCGUCGGAACUCCCGGAGUUGUGCAGUUGGUAGGCUGUAUGGAAGGCAAGCGGUGGGACCUCGAACGUACUUUGCCGACAAUUGUAGACCUUUUUGUUGGUCAAGAUCCGAACACGCAUUACUGGGGUUGGAUCGGAGACAACUUUUACGACCGAGAUGGCACAGUCACGCAAGAAAUCUAUGAUCGGAUUCCGUUGAAGACGAAAGAGAAGAUGUAUUUUGCUUCAUAAUUCUUUUGUUGAAUGAUCGUUCGUGUAGUGUUUCCAUUGUGAAGAUUUUCCUUCUGCUUUUCAGCAAGAGGACAGAGCUCUUCUAUUAUAUUCCAAAAUACAAAUAAUAGGUUUCUCACCGUCGCUGGCAACCAUGAUUAUUGGGUGCAGGGUGCACCAGUGCGCGCGGUUCCGGAGGACCAAUGUGCUAACGGAUUUGCGCAAUACUAUGGUAUGGAUAUGAAAAGCGCAAAAGAUCAGCUUCCUGGCUCUGCGUCGUCUCCACCGUACGACCUCAGCAUAGAUCCGUCUGCAGGCAAACCGAACGAAUGUCUCUACACGAAAAAGGAGAACACGUUCUUCUAUUUAUGGCAGGGGACUACCGCUAUCUUUACUGCGACUCAUCCUAGUGGAUUGAUUUCAUUAACUCAACCUUCGAAUGGAUCUCUCAGGGAUCUCUUUGAUUCAGGGAUCUCUUUGAUUAUGGGUUUGUGCUGUCUCUUGUCCUCCUAGAAGUUUAGUAAGUCUUCAUUCAUUCCAUGAUAACUAUAAUUCUUUUACUUGUAGUAGUACAUCCGACUUUUUGAAUCAGUUCGUCUUGUUCCUUCAGUUCUUGUGACCUCUAAUCCCUCAGCAGAUUGGCAACACCGGAUUUAUUGGCUACAGUUCUGUUUACGACUAUGACUCUAUGAAAGCUGACUUCACGGAGGCUUGCGACAGUUUAUGGGCAGAGCAAACUGUGGACUUGCUGAUGGUCGUUUCGCACUGGAACAAGGACCAGUCGGGGUCUGCUAAGGGCAUGGACGCACAGAACAUUGCUGCGACACUGGUGAAGGAGAUAGCGAGUUGUAAGAAGUUCCAUGAAGAGCAGCGAGUCACAUUUAUCAUGGGCCAUGAGCAUUGCGCGCAUCCGGCUGUGAACAAUUACAUGCCAGGACCUGUUGCUGUUAUGAGUUUUUUUUCUUGUUUGGAGAGAAUCUUGUUCGUGAGGGUAAGUACUUAUUUAUCAUAAGAUAUCAUUCAGAAAUAUGUCUGCAUGUGAUGUGGGACAAUUUCAAGUAAAUCUUCUCAAUUAAUUUUUUAUACACUUUCAACAACUACAAGCAGAAGGAAGCACCGGAUUUUCCUCUCCUGUCAUGUUCUGCUUCUAACCUCCGUCGCACCGGUUUCCUUAUCGGCUCUUUUGGCAUGGACGACUGGGUCUGUCCGGAUGGAAAUUAUACCAGCCACACCUACGGCAUUCCAGUCUUCGAUACGAGCGGUGGGAUGUUUACUGUGUGGUACUUUCUCCUUCACCAGAAUGAGGAGGACAAAUUUGAGGCUGUGAAGACCUGUCUGGCAUACGAAGGGACGUGGAAGUUGUGCACCCAUCUAGCAACGCUGUGGCACGAACGAAAGCUGCCGCCGAGGAAACAGCAGGCCAAGGAUGGUACGAAAGAGCAGCAAGCUUCACAGCAGAUGGUUUCUCCUUCUGUGGGGGAAGAUGCAGUCACUGACAUUCAUGUGUAGGUUUUUGAAAAAUAUCAAUAUCUUUGAGGAACUUGAAUAUGAAGCGUGGAAGCGUGCUAUCAAUUUCUAUUGUAUGUGUGUUUUUGUAUUUUUGCAUAUUGAGUGGUCAAUAUUUUGGAACGGAGUGAACCGUUGAGGUUCCGUUUGCAGCAGUAGAUACAAGAACGGUAGGUACUCUACUAGUGGACGAUAUGCUGCCACAAUAGUGCAGUUGUAGGCGGAGAUUCAGGACCACCGCACCUACAACUGCACACUACAAGUAGUCCUGAAUCUCCCCCUGCAGUUGUGGUGCACUGUGCCUGUAUCUGCAAUGCCACUAGAAUUUUCACUCCCUAAAAUGCCACUAGAUCCCUUUAUAACCCGCAACUAUACUAGUAGUUUCAGCUAGUUUCUGUGUGUGCAGUUGUAGGUGCGGUGGUCCUGAAAAUAUCACUGUGCCUGUAUCUGCAAUUCUUCAAUUCAUUUUUUGUUUUUGUUUUUGAAGAACUAUAGAUCUUUCUUAUAUAGAAACUUAAUAUGUUUCCCUUGUCGCUCCAACAACAGGGAGGACCAUAUGAAGAGCAUUGAAACAAAUUUUGAUGCAAGUUGACCAUCAUCUUUGAAGCUACGCAGUCUUACGCGGACCCCACUACAUCUCGUAAUUCCUGGUAUCAAAGAAGCCCAGCUGAGCGACGUGGAAGGUUGACAGUCCUAUCAACGCUGUGUGCUAGCCAGUGAUAGACUCGUCAAUGAUGAUGAUUUACAACAAUUGAC